AUGACACUACUACCAGUCAUCAGAUUGCUCUAUAAGAACGCGUUCGCCCACCUGAUCCGCGACCACCCAGAUCUCAGGUCUUGCAUCGUCGUAUUCAACGCAGACCUGUAUCACGUUCUGUUCUUGUCAUGGUGUAUGAAUGGCACCACCUCCAAGAAGGCCAUCGUAACUUUAAUGCUUGUCGACAUCCUUGAAGCUGUGGUCGUGCUCCUCGAGGUCGACGACGUUCUAGCUCGCAUCACUUCCGAAGCGGCAAGCAUUUCGUUGCCAAAAGGGCUUUUGGGAUAUUUGGGUUCCCGCAACAGCCUCUCGCAAGGCACGUAG